AUGCAAAUUAUAAGUUACCUGUUGACUGUUUGCAGAGUUUCCAUGCAGGAGCAAUACCAAGAGAGCCAGGAGCUUCUGCUUAAAGAGAGACAGAAAACAAAUGAGCUCUCCAGUGAAGUAAACAGUCUUAAAAAAACAUUAGCAAAGAAGAUUGAUAAUUUAGAAAGUGCGUCAUUGAGAUCUCCCUGUGGAAAACCCAGCAUCAGAUUAGAGGACUCAAAUGAAUGCUUACCAAUGAAGAACAAUCUAGAUACACCAUCAGGACAGAAUCCAAUUCAAAGUGAAAAUGCUGCUAUCACUCUGCAUGAAAUUGAUAAUGAGAAUAGAUUGGUG